AUCAUCUCUUUCACCAUUACUAAAAAAAAAUAAUAGAACCAUGGGCAACUACAUUUCAUUUACACGGGACGAUGUCAUCUAUUCUGCCCUCAUCAUUGGUGUCUGGCUUAUGAUCCGUCCUUACUUUGUACGUCUCAGUGAACAAGCUCAGGCCAGAAGUCAGGCUAAUCUCGAGGCAGAGGCUCAAGCUAAUGACAUUCAGAUGAAAUCCAUGGAAAAGAGCAGCAGUAGCAGUCGUGGAAGGAAAAAGAAGGAUUAGGAUAUCUUUUAUGGCUAUAGAGAAUUUCUUUUUUUUUUUUUU